AUGUCCGACACCCACGCAGGGGUAGAGGGUGGUGGGUUCAUGGUUGGCACUGCGCUGACAAUCCACAAUGGCUCAAUGUCCGUGGCCAAUUGUUCCGCUGUGGAGACAGGCACUGCAGGUCGGGUGGAUGGUAGGGUGCUUCUUUCAUCUCAGUCCAGCCUUCAUAUUCAUCAUGCAGAAGGUGAUGGUAGCUCCAGCGUCCUAGUAGCAAGCUGCCUCCAACUACAUCCCGAGUCAAAUUUUGUCCUCGAAGGCAUCAUUGGUGGGCAUGGGUUGGACCUGCAAAACAGCGGCUGCUCCUCUCGUUGCAGAAACACCACCUUCCAAGUAGCAGAAAGUGCAGCCCUGAAUGCAACUGGUCUGUUGAGCUCGGGUUUGUUGUCAGUAAAAGCCUGCCCUUCUGAAGAGGUGCGCCUCUCAGGGAUUUACUUGCGUUCUUGGCACAGCUCACUCCUCACCACACGCCCCCGCUAUGUGGUGGUUGAAAAUGUCAACAUUCACUACCUGCCACCAGUCGACCAUUUGCAGAUCCUUUCUGCUCAGGAGAACUUUAGUAUCGACUCCUUGGCCAUUUCAUGCCCGGACUGUCCGCAGGGAGUGACCUUCAAUGCAACAGAGGAUGGGACUUUGCGAGCUUUGAGUCCAGAGAAUCUUCAAUGUUUCAAAACCUUCACGGUGUCAAAUGGCCUGACGCCCCGCUGCGAUUGCGGAGACUAUCGGAUCACCAGCGAGCACUUCCGCAAUACAGAACUAGUGUCUCUAAAAGACGUUUUCCGGACGUGCAGCUUUUGCAACAGGCACUCUUACUUCCAGGAUGGCAUUUGUCGCCCUUGUGAGAUCUACAGAGCUUGGUCUGAUGGCAAACAUGACGUGUGCCAUUGGCUGCCACGUGAAAGGCCAGAGCGUGUCAUCCUGUUCACUGGUGCAGCAGUGUUGGUGAUCCUGAUCUUCAUCGUGUUCGAGAUCCUUCAGACUCCGUUGGUGAUUCUUGAUGCCAGGUCUGAUUUGGAAGAUCCUUCGGACAUGGCAGCCACGAGGAUCUUCACCAUCUCAGUGCAGGGUCCUAUCACCAGCCUUCCCAAGAGCAUAUCACGACUGGUGCACCAGAGAGUGCAUUAUCGCGCUAGGGGAACUAGUCUGCAGUGGCUGGAUUGUGAUCCACAAAAGUCCAAGGCAAUCAAGGUUUGCAGCGUGGCACAGAGGAAGCUUUUGCUUCAAAAUGCACACGUGCCAUUUGAUUGCGCUUCCUGCAGAGGGUCCCUGCAUGCUACCGAGACUUGUUACUUUUUCACGCUGCUUAUUGCCUUGGUGUUUUUGCUUGCAAUGCUGCCCACCAUUAUCAAGGUCACAGUCAUGUCCGGAAACCGCUUCGAACAUACAAUCGUCAGUGCUGUGCUCUAUCUUGCUCUUCCAAUGGUGGUUGUGGCUGUGGUGCUGCACUGGCCGGUGUCAUGGCUUAUUCAACGCCUGUACCGCAGAACGCCCUUCUCGGAAGCUUUGGAUGACUACCAGAAACAAAUCCACUGCAAGCCACAUCCAGGUCCAGAUGCAACCCAUCCUCGCAACCAGGGCCUGUUGGUCCUUACACUGCGCGGAUUGUGGAAGCACUUCGAGAGCUUCAUUUUGGAGCGGAACAUGCACUUUGUGGUGGCCAACAUUGUAAGGCCCCUGACGCAGAGCAAAGGCGUGUCCUUCGUGACUCUUUGGGGUGGUAGGCAGGUGGACUACUUUGUGUCACACUCGUGGGGCACGAGCUUCGCUCACUUUGUGCGCUCCAUCCGCUGCCAUGCCUUGUCCAAGGAAGGUCCCGCCUCUUGGAUCGAUGCAGCCUAUUGGAUUUGUUCCUUUGCCAAUAACCAGUGGAACAUCGCCGCCGAACUGGCCGACGAUCCGAUGGAUAGCGCUUUUGCAAGGGCUUUGAGGGGUGGAAUUAAGGGUGUUGCCAUGGUGUUGGAUCACGAGGUGCAACCGCUCACUCGAGUUUGGUGCUUGUUCGAGUUCCUCCUGUCCAGUCGAGAGCAUCUGGAGUUGGUCUUCACUACUGACAUGGGAGUCGUGGGCGACGACGGAUGCAAGUCUUUCGACAUCGCCUUGGAAGUCGGCAAGAAGAUCGAGUGCCUGGAGGUGGUGAAGUGCCAGGCAUCCAGUGAAGAAGACAAGAGAAAGAUCUUUGAAUACAUCAUCAACACCUUGGGCAGUUUGGAGAGCAUGGAUGGCCAGAUCAGACAUUUGAUGGGAGAAAUGCUGGAGAAGAGCUUGGCAAAUGUGGGAAGCGCGACUGAUAGCCUGCUGCAUAGGCUAGGUCGAAAGUAG